GUGCUAAUGAAAAAUAACAAAUAAAGCAUUGAAACCCGCCUCAUUAAUAUGUGAUGGUUUAUUGGAAAAAAUCUUUUUCAUUAUGUAAAAACACCUUUCUUACGAUUUACACCAUAUUUACAGGGACGCAAAAUUCAAGCAACAAGAUCAUUUAAGCGUUCCAUGUCCUUGGAGCUUUCAAAGGGCACGCAAAAGUUCGUCCUUAAGUUUCCACUGGAAACCGGGGCCGAUAUCGAAAUGCUUGAAGACGUCAUUCAGAACUCGGAAAGUGCAAGAAAUAAAUACAAACAACUGCUGCAACAAUGCAUACGGGAAAACCCUCGAAAACCAUCGCUCGCCCUGCUGAAGCUGUUUACCGACAAAUCGCUAGACGAUUACAACUACACCGGCCACUGCAAUUACACGCGGUCCAAAAAGAACGCGAUGAAAGAUUACAUGAUUUUCACCGAUUGCAUCGACGAUGCAUGGAACAACAUUUUGCCUCCCGGUGCUCGGAUGCGCGCAAUUCGUGGUGCGAUUGCACUGUGCGGGAACCGCAAACGUAUGCUGAGGAUGCGUGAAAAGCAACGGAAACACUGCAAUACCGACAGAUUUUAGGCACUGCACCGAUCAUGGAAUGUUAAGGAAUAGAGUAGGAUGAAAAAAAUCAACUACAUUACUAUUCACAUUGCGUGGAAUGGUUUGUGGUUUCCGUUUUUUUUUUGUUUUAUAAAACACAGUAACUGUAAAACAUGGUUUUGAAAUUUUCUUCAUAUGUGAAUUCAAAGAAGGCAAAAUAAAAUAACAAUAUUUUAAA